ACAGAGCUGGCGACGUAAUGUUAUUUAAAAAAAGGCGACCCAGCGAAAGGCAGACCUUGCAGUUGACGUCAAGGGAGGGGGAGAGAGAGAGACAGUCAGUCACGGGGGGUGAAUUUGUUUUCCUUUAAACUGAUAUCUUUGGAGAAAAUCGCCGGGUUUAAAAAAAAAAAAUUAAAAGGAGGAGGGUUGAAAAUAAGGAAGGCACAGUUGAGUAGGGAGGGGAAGAGCGUGUGUGUCAGGACUGGAGAGAGAGGGAGGGAGGCAGAGACUGAGGGAGAGAGGCAGAGAGAGACACAGACAGACAGAGGGGCCAGUUUCGUGUUGGUUUCCUGGCCAGUUUCACUGGGACCCCGCGCUCUCUGACUAACCGCACCCUACUGCUGUGAGACGCCUCACACACACUCACCACCACCCCUCACUCCACCUCUUCCCUUCAAUUUCUCUCCCAUUUACUCAAUGCUUUUUGAACAGCCGAGAGGGACGGACCAAGCCCUUUUAAACGGGAGAGAGUCGGAGGGUCUUUCCCUGAGCUGAGAAGAUGACUGAGUACAAACUUGUGGUGGUGGGGGCUGGAGGCGUGGGCAAGAGUGCUCUGACCAUCCAGCUUAUUCAGAACCACUUUGUCGAUGAAUAUGAUCCCACGAUAGAAGAUUCCUACAGAAAACAAGUUGUAAUAGAUGGAGAAACAUGUCUGUUAGAUAUCCUCGACACGGCGGGUCAAGAGGAGUACAGUGCAAUGAGAGAUCAGUACAUGAGGACGGGCGAGGGUUUCCUGUGUGUCUUCGCCAUUAAUAACUCCAAGUCAUUCGAAGAUAUUCAUCAUUAUAGAGAGCAGAUCAAAAGGGUGAAAGACUCUGAGGACGUGCCGAUGGUAUUAGUGGGAAAUAAAUGCGAUCUGCCUUCACGGACCGUGGACACCAAGCAAGCACAGGAUCUGGCACGCAGUUACACGAUUCCCUUCAUCGAAACGUCGGCCAAAACGCGACUGAGAGUGGAGGAUGCUUUUUAUACACUGGUACGUGAAAUUCGCCAGUAUAGGUUGCGAAAACUCAACGUUGAGGAGAAGACUGCACGCUGUGUGCCCUUUAAAUGUAUUAUGAUGUGACGUGGGUGUCGAUGAUGCAUUCUACACACUCGUCCGCGAAAUUCGGAAACACAAAGAGAAAAUGAGUAAAGAUGGCAAAAA